AUGGCGACCGUCGUCGAGCGGAUGGACACCUCGUCCGACUCGGCCUCGGAACUCAGUUCUGGAUCAUCAGAAUCCGGAUCAGAUCUCGAGAUCAUCGACUGUCGACCUGCAACCUCGGCGCUCGAGGUGCUCGCCAUCACCGACGACGACCACACCACCACCACCACCACCACCACCAGCUCCAGCUCGGACCGGGGAUCCGACGCCGGCAGCGAUGACGACCUCACGAUCGUAGCUCCUUGUCCGAAACAUAGCCCCAUGGCUUUAAAGACUCUUACCUUGGCCAAAAGAUCCGGGCGGGCAUCACCACCUCCUGCGUCGACCUCCAACACGGCUACCCCGACGAGUGCUCGCGACGCUUCACCCCAUCCCACAUCGACAGCCUCGACAGCCUCGACAGCCUCCACCCUCCAGAGAAAGUCACUGCAGAAGCAGGCCGAAGCAAGACCAGCCGGAUAUCUUGUCAUUUCCUCCGACGAGGAUGGCGGCGACGACGACGAUGAGGACAGCAGCGACUCGAAUGACAGUGAGCUCGAAAUCACCGUCGUUUCGCGGUCGUCUCCCAAGCGUGCGCCGGCCGUGGUGGUUCCACCCGCACCGCGCCACGAAUCAAGUGGCGACGAUCUACCUGCACCUCAGGGAAUUCAAAACUUGACCUCGUUCACCCCAUCGGCGCCCCCGUCCUUGUCUACGUCGAUUCCUCGCAAAGGGCUUGUCGAGGUCAGUACGCGACCUCCCGGGGUGCGAAAACCCUGUCUGAACCUACUUACGCCCGCCCGUCCGCUGAUGAAAUUGGCAGGACCAGCCCUCAAACCAAGGGAGCAUCGUCGCAAGUACGUCCCAGGUCCAAAUCGAGCAGCUGUUACCCCUCUCGGACGUACCACCGCCCGUGCCCCGGCUGCCUUCCGUGGGCCCCAGUCAACAUGUGCUCCCUCACCCGCCCGUUUCCAAGUCCCGCCUGUUUAUCCCCAAGUCGAAACCUUCGUCGUCGUCGUUGUCAUGGAAAGCUCGACCGAAUCCCACACGUCUGAACACUAUUCGAGUCAACUUGUCGUCAAGCCUGUUGAAGAGUGGCGACGAAGGAUGGGUAAAAGCCAUACCUCGACGAUUGAACGCUCCCGAAGAUCGGCUCUCUCGCCUUCCACAAUCUCCUCCAACACAGUCUGAAACCUUUCCGACCGGUCCAGUACGGCACCCAAGUCAAUCACCUCCGAAACAAGACGCGACUCGACUGUCCCCGAUGAGGUCACCCACUCGUGCAGCUUCAGCUCUGCCACAACAAGCCCAAACUCGUCGUUCGAACGAUCUCGGGUUGAACUCUGACACGGAUUCGAGCGAGGACGAUCUUCCUGCACCUUUCGGAUCACCGUCAAAAAAGCUCCCCGGGAAAGAAGACGUUGCUGCUGCGCUUCCCACACCGGCUGCGACGAUCUCGCCAUCUCUCGCCUCGGAUUCGUCCUUGACCGUUGACAAGGGCAAAGCGCGAGCGUCGGAAUGGACCGAUCCAGACUCUGAUCGGGAGAUGGAGGCCGACGAUGAGGGAGAAUCUCCUGUGUUUUCGAUGCAUCGAAUAACGCCCGAUCACUGCCCUGCCUUUCCCCAGCGAAGCCCCGGUCGUCCGAGCCACCCCAACCUCACCGGGGAACCCUCGACGAGCGCAGCUCAGACGGCCAAGACAGCGCAUUCCUCAACUCGAGCUGCGGAUCUGUUCGCUCCCACACCGAAACAAGGCAAGAUCAACCGAACCAAAAAGUCGCCCAACCUUUUUGAGUCAUCUUCGUCCCCACCGAUGAGCACUUUGGUCGACCAGAAUCCGACUCCUGACUCGACUCCUGAAAGCAAAGCCGAAGCCGAAGCCCCUCGACCCCCUUCGGAGCCGUCUGCUCCGCCUGGGUGUCCUGACAGCAUCCAGGCGAUAGAUCAAAAGUGGGAUGAGAUGGAGCAAGAGGAACCUGCUGUCGCUACCCAAGUCGAUUCGACGGUCCCUGCUGGCUCCCAAGUUGCUGCUCAUCUUCACCCCGAUCCCACGUCAGCGCAGCCGGAACUAACCAGAAGGGCCGAAGCGCAACGAUUACGACGAGAGCGAGAGCGGGCACAACAUGCCAUCGAGGCAAGAAUGACUCGAACCGACAAGAUUUCCGAUGCUGAGGUUCCGCUGGAUCCCGCCUCGAUCGAGGGCCGCUCGGCUCUAAAUUUGACGAUCGUCAAGAAGCGUCGAUUGGUCGGCAAAAAGGACGAACUCAAAUUGGGGACCCGGGAGCGGCGCAAGUCCAAGAGAGUCAUCAAAGCCCCUUUGCAGACGCUACCGAAUGGUCUGAUGGAGGUCGAUAUGAAGGUGGAUCACGAAGUAUUGGCGCAAGUAGAAGAUGUGAAUCAAUUCGUGCGUGAGGUGAAUAAGGAAGUGGCGCAAGUCAACGAGGAGAUAGACUCUUUGCAGGAGCGGUUUGAGAAGGUCAGUCCAGAUGUGUGGGGUAGUGUAGGCCUGUAUGGUAGGUCGCCUUUGACUGAACACGUUCUGGUAACCUCCUGCAGUUCGUGUUGCUCGAAUCCGCGCGACCGCCGAAAGAGCGACAAAUUCUCGGUCCCGAGCUCGAAGACGAGAAAAAGUCGGACGUAAGGGCGACCUUGAUCCAGCUUAUACUCAACGCCCGAGCUUUCGAGAUGCAAACCGGCGAAAAGGCGGACAAGAACCCUCGGUACGACACCAGUAGCCACACGCUCUUGUUCGAAUCCUUGAUCGCGGACGUCAACAGCAGCGAACUGAGCGCGCCGUGUCGCAUUCGAGUGAUCCCUCCCGUUGAUGGUGGCAAGCCCCAUUCGCCGCCGUUCGAGUUCGUCUAUACGAACCGUGUCAUCCUUCCUCAAGGCUCGGCCCCGGAAGCACCUUCUUCGUGCGACUGUGAAGGCAACUGCGGCGACCCGGCCAAUCUCAAACGAUGCGCCUGUCGGCAGCGUCAACGGGAAGCGAGUCGAACAAUCGGCACGGAGAACGAGCGCUCGGGUCACGACUCGUUUGCUUGGGAGCCGGAUGGGACGUUGAACCAUGAAGUUUUUGGUUGCAGUGAUCCGAUUUGGGAGUGCAACGCCGGCUGCGGUUGCGAUGAUACGUGCGUGAAUCACGUCGUUGGUAAGAAACGAUCGGUCGACGUCGACAUCUUUUGGACCGGUCCUAUGAAAGGAUGGGGGGUGCGUAACCCACCCUCGCAUGACCUCGAUCCCCAAUCGUCGAUGCCAUUUAUGCCCGAUGGGGGGUCCGUCUAUCGCGGUCGCGUCAUCCGUCGCGGAGAAUCUCUAGCGAUCUACGCGGGCGAACAGAUCCCGACUUCGAACACUCCCGAACGCGUCGAGGUCUACGACAAGCUUUGCCGGAACUACAUCUACGACUUGGACCACUUCCAUAUCCCCGAAGAAGCUGGCAAGGACCACUUGUACCGCACCCAGGGGCGAAAGCCCUUGUCGGGGAAUGCAACGAAGAAGGCCCAAAAAUACGGGCGGGACCUCGCUGCCUUCGCCGUGCAAUACAGGGAACGAGUCUGGAACAAGGAACUCGGAUAUUGCGUCGAUGCGUUCUUGCGUGGGAACUGGACCCGGUUCUGUAACCACUCGUGCUCGGAGUUCAAUGCCAUCUCGAGGCCGGUCUACGUCGAUGAGGGUCGCGUCGAACGGCCCUUGCUCGUUCUCUUCGCCAGUCGGGACAUCCAACCGGGGGAAGAGAUCAGGAUCUCGUAAGUCGCAAAGUUGUUGCUCGGUCAACGCUGCACGUUCUGACGAAUUGUACUUUCCGUUUACAGCUACCACUCGGAAUCGUCCCCCGAAUUCAAACAAGCACCUAACCAAACCCGAGCCCAAUACAAGACGUUGCUGAGACAAUAUCGCGCAAAGGCGAAUGCAAGGCGAAUGCGAGCUAGACCAGAGUUUCGAUGCUAUUGUAAGCUGAGCAGAUUGUGGAGGUCCGUGUACGAGGAUGUGCCGAUGCUGACGCGAUAA